ACUAACCAAGAGAUGGGAGAGGGGAAGGAGAUAGCAGGAGGGGGAAAAGUAAUGGAUGUUAGUCUGAAGGAGCUGUCAAGGAAGCUUGAGGAAUUUGCCAUGGCUAGAGACUGGGAGAGGUACCAUAGUCCCAGGAAUUUGCUCCUUGCUAUGGUCGGAGAAGUGGGGGAGUUAUCAGAGAUAUUCCAAUGGAGAGGGGAGGUGGAGAGAGGGUUACCGGACUGGGAGGAAGCAGAGAAGGAGCAUCUGGGAGAGGAGCUGUCUGAUGUGCUGCUGUAUCUCGUAAGGCUGGCUGAUAUGUGUGCCAUUGAUCUUGCUGAUGCUGCCUCCAAAAAGCUUCUCAAGAAUGCUGUUAAAUACCCACCUACUACUAUUGCUUAG